AUGGCAAGCUUUGUUCGAAGCAGCUAUGCAGGGCAGUUCCUGAGAUGGGUCACGGGGAAGAAGAUACUGAAAUACCCCGAAGAGAAGGGUGGAUUUCACCCCCCAGCCUGCUAUUCUAGCCCAGAGGCGCUGUUCGAACGUGAAACAGUUGACAGAGCCAUGGUCCAGGCAGACAAUGGUGAGGAAAGCAGAGGUGCCUCGAGAAGAUCAUCGUCACAAAGCGUAGGCGCGACUCGCAGCGAAGAGUCGCUGGAUAGGCGAAACUCACUCCAAGCGUCAGAAUCCAACGCCUUGUCUAGGAUCACCACGAGACCCGAACUUGAGAGGGUCUACACUCAGGUAGACCUCGAGAGGCUUUAUACAGCUGCGACGCACAAAGAGGAACUGGAGAACGCUCCUGCCCGGCCUAUUGCGCCGACAAAGACAUCGGAUGGAACAAUCUUGGUGGAUUGGUAUACCACAGACGAUCCGGAAAACCCCCAAAAUUGGCCCAGUCGCAGGAAGAGUCUUGUUGCUUUGCAGAUAUACCUUUAUACACUUGUAGUAUAUAUGGGUUCUUCUAUAUAUACUCCCAGUGCGCAAGCUGUUGGAGAGAAGUUCGGUGUCUCUGCCACAGCCGCAUCCUUGGGUCUGGCUUUAUAUGUUCUCGGAUAUGGUACUGGUCCAGUGAUCUUCUCUCCACUCAGUGAAAUCCCCAGUAUCGGUCGAAACCCGCCAUACAUCCUCACCUUUGGCUUAUUCGUCAUCCUCAGUGUUCCCACCGCUCUCGUGGAUAAUUUUGCCGGGCUCUUGGUACUGAGGUUUCUCCAGGGUUUCUUCGGCAGCCCUUGUCUGGCUACUGGAGGUGCCAGCAUUAGUGACAUAUACAGUCUCCUCAAGCUUCCUUACGCACUGACCGUUUGGGCCGCAUUUGCGACCCUCGGACCGGCAUUGGGGCCAGUGAUCUCUGGAUUUAGCGUGCCCGCAGAGAAUUGGCGGUGGUCGCUGUGGGAGAUUCUCUGGAUGGCCGGACCGGUCUUCUUGGUCAUGCUAUUUUUCCUCCCUGAGACCUCGGCGGACACUAUCCUCUUGAACAGAGCCCAGCGCUUGCGAAAGCUCACCGGGAAUAACAAACUCAGGUCUCAAUCAGAGAUUGACCAGAAGAAGCUCACUGUUUCCGCCGUCGCCGUGGCUGCUCUAUACCGACCAGUCCAGAUCGUCAUUCUGGACCCGGCCGUGCUCUUCGUGAAUGUGUACACCAGCCUUAUUUACGGGAUUUACUAUUCCUUUUUCGAAGUGUUCCCGAUCGUGUACAUUGAUAUAUACGGCUUCAAUGUCGGCGAAAUGGGCCUUGUCUUUCUCUGCAUCCUCGUGGCGUUGCUCAUUGCCGUGCCGCUGUACUUCCUGUAUCUUCGCAAGGUCUUCGAGCCUGAGAUCAAAACCAAAGGUCUCCAGGCUCCCGAGCGACGACUGAUCCCCGCUCUCUUUGCCUCAUUCCUGCCACCUAUUGGCCUCUUUAUCUUCGGCUGGACAGGGCGCGAGGGUGUCCACUGGAUCGUGUCGGUCAUCGGAAUCACCCUCUUCACCAUCGGCAUCUUCCAGGUCAUCCAAUGUAUUUUCAUCUACAUCCCGAUGACGUACCCACAGUACGCGGCAAGUCUGUUCGCAGGGAACGAUUUCAUGAGAAGUGCGCUCGCCUGCGGCGCCAUUCUAUUCUCUCGCCCCCUCUAUAUUAACCUAGGCGUUGGCCCGGGUGUCAGUUUGUUGGCUGGCUUGACGGUUGUCUGUAUCGGAGGUAUCUUUGCCCUAUAUUACUAUGGGGCCGGCCUCAGAGCCCGCAGUAGAUUUACCGCGAAGUGA